UCCAGGAUGUCUCGGUACACCGAUGAGCCUCGUUUCACCAUCGAGCAGAUUGACCUGCUCCAGCGGCUGAGGAGGACGGGGAUGAAGAAGCCAGAGAUCCUCCACGCCCUGGACACCCUGGACAGACUGGAUCACCAGCACGGACACAAGUUCGGACGCCGUCCCCAGCCCCAGACGCAGCCCCAGCCCGCCUAUCAGGGGCCGACGCCCAAUUGCAACACUAAUACAACGUCUUCUCCCUCGUCCGAUAACGUUGCAGCGUCCUCAUCAACGUCCACGACCGCCACACAGACUGGUUACCUGGGGAAUGGGAGUGGGAGUGGCCUGUCACCGUCACCUAGCAACAACUAUGAUAUGUCUCCGCCCCCUCCGGUGGUUGUAUCUGCCCCGGUGGCUAUGGCAGUGGUGGCGCAGAACGGGCAUGGGGUUGGUGGUGGCGGUGGCGAGCUGGUUGCCAUGACGAACGGGAAGUUGUCUCCACCGCGGUUUCCUGUCAGUGUUAGUGCGGUGAGUGGCGGCGUGAUGGGGAGCAGCUACGGGUUUGAGGCCAGCGAGGAGGAACUAGACGUGGAAGACAAAGUGGAGGAACUCCUGAGGUGAGGAGGAGGAGCCUGAGUCUUUUCUGAACACAUCAAUAGGCACAAAAUGGUAACCAAACAAACUACCUUUUACACUACCUGAAUGUGUCUAAUAAGAAUCCUCAUUUUUGUUUUGGGUUUUUAGUGUUUUCUAGUGAACUAGACCUUGAGGCCAGAGUUUAGUAAUGCAUUAGGUGACACCUGUGUCUAAACACAGUCACCACAUCAGUCCCACACACACACACACACACACACAUACGUCCUGUCUGUCAACCCUUUCGCUGCUCUUUUGUAUUGUGUGUUGUUCGCAGUGAUAAAGUCAGUAUUGAUUAGAUGGAGUGAUGAAAAUGAAAUGAAAGGGAGGGAGAGAAAAGUGGCAAUGGAUUUCUGGCAGCUCAGCACUGCCUCUGAUUCUCUCUCACGUUUUCCAUGAAGAGGAAUCAAUAUAAAUGUAAAUGAGAAGGCAGUGUAUCGACAGACAGAAGAAAGACUGUGUGUGUGUGUGUGUGUGGGCCAGUGUUUUCACAGACACGUCACAUUUAUGGGAAUUGCUCUCUCUCUCUCCCCACUCUUUCUUUCCCUUCUCUCUCCCCCCCCCCCCUCUCUCUCGCUCCAUCUGUCUUUUGUUACAUUCCCUCUCUGACAAUCACACAUACAGCGGCACUUUGUCACACUGGCUGGCACACACCAAGGUUAUUAUACUAAACGAAAACUGAAACUAAAAUAAAAACUAAAAUUGGAAAAACAAUUAAACUGAAAUAAAAACGAAAAACAUUUGAAAAACUAUACUGAAACUUAUAUUUUACUGCAAAACUAACUAAAAUAAAAACCAUAAAUUAUGUUUAGUUUUAGUUUUUUAUCAAAUGGGGUUUUCGAGCUUCUGAAUCUGGCGGGUAAAUGCUGCCAGUAGAUCAAAUCAAAUCAAAUCAAAUUGUAUUGGUCACAUGCGCCGAAUACAACAGGUGCAGACAUUACAGUGAAAUGCUUACUUACAGCCCUUAACCAACAGUGCAUUUAUUUUUUACAAAAAAAGUAAAAAUAAAACAACAACAAAAAAAGUGUUGAGAGAAAAAAGAGCAGAAGUAAAAUAAAGUGACAGUAGGGAGGCUAUAUAUACAGGGGGGUACCGUUGCAGAGUCAAUGUGCGGGGGCACCGGCUAGUUGAGGUAGUUGAGGUAAUAUGUACAUGUGGGUAGAGAUAAAGUGACUAUGCAUAAAUAAUUGGGGCAGAUGCCAACGUUUCAAAUAGGCCUAGCUUGUGUGCCACUAGCUAUCACCAGCUAACAGGGAAGAAAUACGGAGGCGAACACGAAGCGUGACUGAGCCAAGCUAGAACAGCUUGUGAAGUUGCUGGAGCCUUUCGCAAUCCACACCGACCAACUUCAAACUGACAUCCAGUCGCUGUCUGAUGUGGUUCCGUGCCUUCUCAACCUUGAGGCACACUUGCAGUCAACUACUGUUGCAAAACAGUUGCCACAGGUCCUCCUGAAGUCACUGCGUGAGCGCUUUGCGUGCAUACUGACAACUUCGAUCCAACCCCUGGAGCAGCUUGCCUGAUGAGGCAAGCUGCUCAACAGAGAUGAAGUCACUGAUGAGGCAAGCAGAGUAUUUUGUACUUCAGCAAAUCAGAGGGUACAGCCGUGGAGCAGCAAGACCCCAGGAAGAUGCCAACACGAUGAAUCCAGCAAGCAUCUCGAUUACAUUUUCAUUUACAUUUUCGUUAUUUAGCAGACACUCUUAUCCAGAGCGACUUACAAAUUGGUGCAUUCACCUUAUGAUAGCCAGUGGUACAACCACUUUACAAUAUAUCAACAAAAAAAAUUGGUGGGGGAGGGUAGAAGGAUUACUUUUAUCCUAUCCCAGGUAUUCCUUAAAGAGGUGGGGUUUCAAGUGUCCCCGGAAGGUGGUGAGUGACUCCGCUGUUCCUGGCGUCGUGAGGGAGCUUGUUCCACCAUUGGGGUGCCAGAGCAGCGAACAGUUCUGACUGGGCUGAGCGGGAACUGUGCUUCCGCAGAGGUAGGGGGGCCAGCAGGCCAGAGGUGGAUGAACGCAAUGCCCUCGUUUGGGUGUAGGGACUGAUCAGAGCCUGAAGGUACGGAGGUGCCGUUCCCCUCACAGCUCCGUAGGCAAGCACCAUGGUCUUGUAGCAAAUGCGGACUUCAACUGGAAGCCAGUGGAGUGUGCGGAGGAGCGGGGUGACGUGAGAGAACUUGGGAAGGUUGAACACCAGACAGGCUGCAGCGUUCUGGAUGAGUUGUAGGGGUUUAAUGGCACAGGCAGGGAGCCCAGCCAACAGUGAGUUGCAGUAAUCCAGACGGGAGAUGACAAGUGCCUGGAUUAGGACCUGUGCCGCUUCCUGUGUAAGGUAGGGUCGUACUCUGUGAAUGUUGUAGAGCAUGAACCUACAGGAUCGGGUCACCGCUUUGAUGUUAGCGGAGAACGACAGGGUGUUGUUCAGGGUCACGCCAAGGUUCUUUGCACUCUGGGAGGAGGACACAACGGAGUUGUCAACCGUGAUGGCGAGAUCAUGGAGCGGGCAGUCCUUCCCCGGGAGGAAGAGCAGCUCCGUCUUGCCGAGGUUCAUCUUGAGGUGGUGAUCCUUCAUCCACACUGAUAUGUCUGCCAGACAUGCAGAGAUGUGAUUCGCCACCUGGUUAUCAGAAAGGGGAAAGGAGAAGAUUAAUUGUGUGUCGUCUGCGUAGCAAUGAUAGGAGAGACCAUGUGAGGAUAUGACAGAGCCAAGUGACUUGGUGUAUAGAGAGAAUAGGAGAGGGCCUAGAACUGAGCCCUGGGGGACACCAGUGGUGAGAGCACGUGGUGUGGAGACAGAUUCUCGCCACGCCACCUGGUAGGAGCGACCUGUGAGGUAGGACGCAAUCCAAGAGUGAGUCGCGCCGGAGAUGCCCAACUCGGAGAGGGGGAGAGGAGGAUCUGAUGGUUCACAGUAUCAAAGGCAGCAGAUAGGUCUAGAAGGAUGAGAGCAGAGGAGAGAGAGUUAGCUUUAGCAGUGCGGAGAGCCUCCGUGACACAGAGAAGAGCAGUCUCAGUUGAAUGACCAGUCUUGAAACCUGACUGGUUUGGAUCAAGAAGGUCAUUCUGAGAGAGAUAGCAAGAGAGUUGGCUAAAGACGGCACGCUCAAGAGUUUUGGAGAGAAAAGAAAGAAGGGAUACUGGUCUGUAGUUGUUGACAUCGGAGGGAUCGAGUGUAGGUUUUUUGAGAAGGGGUGCAACUCUCGCUCUCUUGAAGACGGAAGGGACAUAGCCAGUGGUCAAGGAUGAGUUGAUGAGCGAGGUGAGGUAAGGGAGAAGGUCUCCGGAAAUGGUCUGGAGAAAAGAGGAGGGGAUAGGGUCAAGCGGGCAGGUUGUUGGGCGGCUGGCCGUCACAAGUCGCAAGAUUUCAUCUGGAGAGAGAGGGGAGAAAGAAGUCAAAGCAUAGGUUAGGGCAGUGUGAGCAGGACCAGCGGUGUCAUUUGACUUAAAAAAUGAGGAUCGGAUGUCGUCAACCUCCUUUUCAAAAUGGUUGACGAAGUCAUCCACAGAGAGGGAGGAGGGAGGGGGAGGAGGAGGAUUCUGCAGGGAGGAGAAGGUAGCAAAGAGCUUCCUAGGGCAGUGCUUCAGAAAUAUAGCUUCCUCUCAUCGAAGAUUGUGUCUGAGGUCACUGUCCAGCCGGAGGGUCAGACUGGCAGAGAAUGACAUGCCCCAUGUGAGCUGCCGAAAUACCUGGAAGAGGUAAAGGUGGACAUGUUUAUAUAGUCACUUCUCCAGUUCUGGCAGGCAAGGAGGGCUGGUUAUCAAAAGCUGUGCCCUGUGGCACUGGAUCUGGUAUCUGCCCCUGCAUCCCAAGUGUUCGUGGAAAGAAUAUUCUCUGUGUGUGGACAACUGCCAUCAGUCUUGAGAAACCGAACAACCAACUCUCUGGAACACAGUCUUCUAGAAGAUGAACCAGAAUAUUGUUUGGUUGAACAGAAACACACACAAGCUGGCUGCGAACUGAUAGAUUUGUGAAGAAGUGUUGUAUUGCUUGUGUUUUUGCUGUUGUUGCAGCUGUUUUUAUUAACCAGUGAUAGUCAGUGAUACAUGUUUAAUAUUACAUAAACAUAACAUGUCAAAUGUGCCAUGACUUCAUUUGUUGUUUUUUCCUCUCUUUCCAUCAGGUAAAGGUACUUGAUUAUUCUUACAUCUACUACUAAAGUAAAAAAAUGCAUUGGAUUGGUGUAAACAUGGGCAAGAGAGUUUCCUUCCACCAUAUUUCUUGCACCAGUCUAACCUUUAAAUCCAAGUCACAUUAGGAUUGAUUUUAUAAUUUAAACCUAACCAAACCUAUGUCCUGGCCAUGGAGUUGUGUGGAGUCCUCAAGUGGCCAAAAGCCAAUGUUAGCAUGGGCAGCGCCAUUGAGGACUUUCACCAUUUUUAUUUUGUAAACUCGGCGGGACUUCCAGCUUCAUUGGCUGAUCCCUCCUGAUGACCGGGUUGGAGUUGUGACAGCCGGGUCAUCAGGAGGGACCAGCCAAUACAUUUUACUUGUAAAGAAGAAAAUUGUCAAUUUCAGAUGGAGAGGGCCUCAAUGGGGCUGCCCAUGCUCUCACAGACACCAUCAUGACACCGAUACAAAGAUGUUAUGUCUUUCCAAGUCUAUGGUCCUGGCCCAUCACCUUAUGUAUUAGUGCCCCCCACAUCACAAAAAAACUAUAGGCCUACAACACCUAAAUGGCUCCUAGCCUCCCACGCAUAGGCUACUUUAUGUCCAUAAUACUAAAACUGAAACUAAAUAAUAUAAAAAUGAAAUAGAAAUGUGUUUAUCGAACUGAAACUAUACUGAACAAAAAUAUAAACGCAACAAUUUCAAAGAUUUUACUGAGUUACAGUUCAUAUAAUAAAAUCAGUCAAUUUAAAUUAAUUAAUUAGGCCCUAAUCUAUGGAUUUCACAUGACUUGGAAUACAGAUAUGCAUCUGUUGGCCACAGAUACCUAAAAAAAAGGUAGGGGCGUGUAUCAGAAAACCAGUCAGUGUUUGGUGUGACCAUAAUUUGCCUCAUGCAGCGCGAGACAUCUCCUUCGCAUAGAGUUGAUUAGGCUGUUGAUUGUGGCCUGUGGAAUGUUGUCCCACUCCUCUUCAAUGGCUGUGCAAAGUUGCUGGAUAUUGGCGGGAACUGGAACACACUCUCAUACAUGUCGAUCCAGAGCAUCCCAAACAGGGCCUAAAAUUAACUUUUUGGUCUGCCAACCACUGUGGCAGCCACUCAGAUUUUCUUUACCAGCAAAAUAGUUUUUUCCCGCUAAAAUUACACCAACAAAAAACACAAAAAAACAGUUAAGCAUGCUUUGUAAUGUUUCUAAAACAAUAAAGGUAUUACUAGUAAGACGUAAUGUGGUACAGUGCCUUUCGGAAAGUAUUCAGACCCCUUGACCUUUUCCACAUUUUGUUACGUUACAGCCUUAUUCUAAAAUGUAUUUCAAAAUAAUAAAUCCUCAGGAAUCUACACACAAUACCCCAUAAUGACAAAGCGAAAACAGGUUUAUAGAAAUGUUAGCAAAUUUAUAAAACAAAUAAAACUGAGCUCAGGUGCAUCCUGUUUCCGUUGAUCAUCCUUGAGAUGUUUCUACAAUUUGAUUGGUGUCCACCUGUGGUAAAUUCAAUUUAUUGGACGUGAUUUGGAAAGGCACACCCCUGUCUAUAUAAGGACCCACAGUUGACAGUGCAUGUCAGAGCAAAAACCAAGGAAUUGAGGUCGAAGGAAUUGUCCAUAGAGCUUUGAGACAGGAUUGUGUCGAGGCACAGAUUUGGGGAAGGGUAACAAAACAUUUCUGCAGCAUUGAAGGUCCCCAAGAACAGUGGCCUCCAUCAUUCUUAAAUGGAAGAAGUUUGGAACCACCAAGACUCUAGAGUUCCUCUGUGGAGAUGGGAGAACCUUCCAGAAGGACAACCAUCUCUGCAACACUCCACCAAUCAGGCCUUUAUGGUAGAGUGACGUCCCUGGGAGGGGUGCGUCACUUGAGUGGGUUGAGUUACUGACGUGAUCUUCCUGUCUGGGUUGGCGCCCCCCCCUUGGUUUGUGCUGUGGUGGAGACCUCUGUGGGCUAUACUCGGCCUUGUCUCAGGAUUGUAAGUUGGUGGUUGGGGAUAUCCCUCUAGUGGUGCGGGGGCUGUGCUUUGGCGGAGUGGGUGGGGUUAUAUCCUUCCUGUUUGGCCCUGUCCGGGGGUUUCUUCGGAUGGGGCCACAGUGUCUCCGGACCGCUCCUGUCUCAGCCUCCAGUAUUUAUGCUGCAGUAGUUUAUGUGUCGGGGGGCUGGGGUUAGUUGGUUAUACCUGGAGUACUUCUCCUGUCUUAUCCAGUGUCCUGUGUGAAUUUAAGUAUGCUCUCUCUAAUUCUCUCGUUCUCUCUUUCUCUCUGAGAACCUGAGCCCUAGGACCAUACGUCAGGACUACCGGGCAUGAUGACACCUUGCUGUCCCCAGUCCGCCUGACCUUGCUGCUAUUCCAGUUUCAACUGUUCUGCCUGCGGCUACGAAACCCCUACCUGUCCCAGACCUGCUGUUUUCAACUCUAAAUGAUCGGCUAUGAAAAGCCAACUGAGAGACCUGAGCCCUAGGACCAUACGUCGGGACUACCGGCCGUGGUGACUCCUUGCUGUCCCCAGUCCGCCUGGCCUUGCUGCUAUUCCAGUUUAAACUGUUCUGCCUGCGGUUAUGGAACCCCUACCUGUCCCAGACCUGCUGUUUUAAACUCUAAUGAUCGGCUAUGAAAAGCCAACUGAGAUUUAUUCCUGAUUAUUAUUUGACCAUGCUUGUCACUUAUGAACAUUUUUGAACAUCUUGGCAUGGUUCUGUUAUAAUCUCCACCCGGCACAGCCAGAAGAGGACUGGCCACCCCUCAUAGCCUGGUUCCUCUCUAGGUUUCUUCCUAGGUUUUGCCUUUCUAGGGAGUUUUUCCUAGCCACCGUGCUUCUACACCUGCAUUACUAGCUGUUUGGGGUUUUAGGCUGGGUUUCUGUACAGCACUUCGAGAUAUUAGCUGAUGUAAGAAGGGCUAUAUAAAAUAAAAUUGAUUGAUUGAUUGAUAGAGUGGCCAGACGGAAGCCACUCCUCAGUAAAAGGCACAUGAUGCCCGCUUGGAGUUUGCCUAAAGGCACCUAAAAACUCUCAGACCAUGAGAAACAAGAUUCUCUGGUCUGAUGAACGAAGAUGUGGAGUGCUGUAAAGAUGGUUGUCCUUCUGGAAGGUUCUCCCAUCUCCACAGAGGAACUCUGGAGUUCUGUCAGAGUGACCACCGGAUUCUUGGUCACCUCCCUGAGCAAGGCCCUUCUACCCUGAUUGCUCAGUUUGGCCAGGCGGCCAGCUCUAGGAAGAGUUUUGGUGGUUCCAAACUUUUUCCCAUUUUAAGAAUGAUCGAGGCCACUGUGUUCUUGGGGACCUUGAAUGCUGCAGAAAUGUUUUGGUACCCUUCCCCAGAUCUGUGCCGCCACACAAUCCUGUCUCGGAGCUCUACGGACAAUUCCUUCUACCUCAUGGCUUGGUUUCUGCUCUGACAUACACUGUAAACUGUGGGACCUUAUAUAGACAGGUGUGUGCCUUUCCAAAUCAUGUCCAAUCAAUUGAAUUUACCACAGGUAGACUCCUAUUAAGUUGUAGAAACAUCUCAAGGAUAAUAAAUGGAAACAGGAUGCACCUGAGCUCAAUUUCGAGUCUCAUAGGAAAGGGUCUGAAUACUUAUGUAAAUGUGAUAUUUAAGUUUUUACUUUUGUAAUACAUUUGCAACAUUCUAAAAACCUGUUUUUCGCUUUGUCAUUAUGGGGUAUUGUGUGUAGAUUGAUGAGAAAACAUCCAAUUUAAUCAAUUUUAGAAUAAGGCUGUAACGUAACAAAAUGUGGGAAAGUCAAGGGGUCUGAAUACUUUCCGAAUGCACUGUAUUUCCUUUUUUUUAAUUCAGUCUUUCCUUCCUAUCCAACUCAAUUGUACUUUCCGGUCUCCCGCUCUUCAUGGCUUAUCUUCAUUUUCUAAUUUCCUCUCCCUUUCUCUCCCUAUUUCCACAGUCAUCUCUCUCACUUCCUCUCCCUUUCUCUCCCUAUUUCCACAGUCAUCUCUCUCACUUCCUUUCCCUUUCUCUCCCUAUUUCCACAGUCAUCUCUCUCAUUUCCUCUCCCUUUCUCUCCCUAUUUCCACAGUCAUCUCUCUCACUUCCUUUCCCUUUCUCUCCCUAUUUCCACAGUCAUCUCUCUCAUUUCCACACUAGUCACCUUUCUCUCUGUUCCUUGCACCAUCCUCUCUCUAGCUUCCUAGCAAAGGGAACAAUGUUGUCUUUCUUUUGUAUUUUUCCUCUCUCACUUGUUCUCUCUCUCCCUCUCUCUCCCUCCAGAAGGGACAGUGCCAUAAUCAAGGAGGAGAUCAAGGCGUUCCUGGGGAACAGGCGCAUCUCUCAGGCUGUGGUGGCUCAGGUCACAGGUCAGUAUGCUCCCUAGUGGCUAAUACAGCACACUACACUCAGUUGGAGUGGAACUGUGCUCACUUUGGUGUACACUAAACACAGAAUCGUCAUCAUGAUUUCUAUGAGUGUUAGUGUGGCUUGAAUGACAAAUAGCAAGUACUUCAUCCACUGUAUAUGCAUUGGCUACUUAAUGAAUCUUGCAUUCUGUGCUCUUUCUUUCUUUCCCUCCCCCUGGUCCAUCCUCUCUCUCUGUCUGUCUCUCUUUCUCUCUGUCUCCCUCUCUUCCUCCCGCCUCCCUCCAGGUAUCAGUCAGAGUCGUAUCUCCCACUGGCUGCUGCAGCAGGGCUCUGACCUCAGCGAACAGAAGAAGAGGGCCUUCUAUCGCUGGUACCAGCUGGAGAAGACCACCCCUGGUAAUGCCCACCACCAUCACCCCCAUGCCCAGCCCCCCGCCCAGUCCCACCACGCCCCCCACCUCCAGCCCCUCCUCAGCCCCCCCACCUCCAGCCUCCCCCCUUCUGUCCAGUCCCUCUUCAGUUGUUCCACCCGUUCCAUCCACUAUUAGAGGACUCUUUCUGACUCUGCCCAAACUAGAGAGGGCAGAACGGGUUAUACAAUGAGAACUGAUGGGUGAGUCCAUUAACUAUUUCUUGGCAUUAUAGGGCUGGAAAGUAAUGAUGGCCCAUCCAAAUCCUCCCUAUGUAUCCCUAAACUGUUACUUUGGCCCAAUGUAAUGCACUUUUCUAGGGGGCACUAAUUCCACAUCUGUCUUUGUUUGUAGUCACUACAUGUGACUACACUACCCAUAUGCCCUCUUGCGCCCCCUCUGUUUCAAUAGGCAUAGCUACUCCGCAGACACGCACCAUGCAGUAUUGAAGUCCUUCCCCCAAAAUGUUCCAGUCAGUAUUUGUCCUGCCCAAAUCCUUGAGCUGUUACAGCACCUUUCGAACUCCCCUACAACCUGUUUCUGCCCCCACAACCCCAUUGUGUGUCUAACUCCAUCCUGUGUCCAAAUGUGUCACUUCCCAUUUCCUGUGUCCCUCCCUUCCCUCUGGGUGCAGCAGCCAAUAAGCUAUCACAACCACAAAUAUUAAAAUGCUCAUUAGUGGCUGGUGUUUAUGAGUAGGAGUACUUGUAGUUGUAUAGCUAUGAUGUUGCUACUACAAUUGAGUAGAAAUGUAAAGUGCUUUAAGCGCUGUAUAAACCUCAUUAAUACGUUAUUAUGAUGACUAUACCUAUACCUUAAAGAGUACUGGUUUCUGACUGUAUAUGACCAUGGUGAAAAACAGAUUUUUAAUAAAAAGCAAACUUGUGAAAUCACACCGGCCUCACCUCUCUGUCUGUGUGGAGGGGAGGGUGUAGUGGCGCGCCCUGGUGGACUGUGUAUGUCACAGCACCUAUAGACUAUUACUGUAAGUGUGUACAGUGCUACAUACAGCAGAGCUAUUCACAUCUGGGCCUCCAGCUCUGCUGUACUGCAGGUUGUUCUUCUUUCUCCCAAGUCAUUGAUUGAUUGAUUGAUCCAUGCCAUUGAUUGGCCCAAUAGUCCACUUAAAGGUCUGAAUCAGUCCCUGGUUGGAGGGGGUGAAACGACAGUGGUGGGGAACUCGAGGUCCCGAUUUGAAACCUGCUGAUCUGUGUUGACUGUCUCUAUCAAGAUGGAUAACAUAUUAUUGUAGUUAUUAUUUUAGUUACAAUAAAAAAACAUGCAUAGAUGUGAGUCAUAGAUUUGCAGUCAGAAAAAUUAUACAUGUAGGUUCUAGUCUCAAGCAAGAACAUCCAUAGAUCAUUACAUGAGUUACAUAUAUGUAAACAAUCACAUUCCCAACCCACCUUUCCCUGGCGGUGUGUGUGUCACAGCCAUCCAUCAGCAUUACUUGUUCAUUAGGUUAAUGCUCUUGCUGUGGAGCCAUGCCACCAACACUCACUACAUAAACGAGUCCAUAUUACUGUCCGGGCACACACACACACUCACACACACACACACACACACACACACACACACACAUUCACACUCACACACAUUCACACACACACACAUUCACACACAUUCACUCACACACACAAACACACACACACACACACUCACACACAUUCACACACACACACAUUCACACACACAUUCACUCACACACACAAACACACACACACACACACACACACACACACACACACACAUUCACACACAUUCACACACACACACACUACAUUUGAUGAGGCUUCAGAGGGGGUUGACUGUGAAUUACUGUCCACAGUCCAGGUUCUUCGUUUAUAGUCGCCACACAGCCAAUAUAACACUCUAUAAAGUUAUUGUUCUUCUAAACAAUAGGGUGCUGAAUCAUCAUAAAUGGACUCAUCAACAAUGAAAAUGACAGCAUUUUCCAAAUAGUAGAUUUCAAACAUUCUGAACGUUUCACCUCACUAAAUACACCCAUGGCUAGUUACAUCAUGGUUGUAUUUCCAUGGUUACAUCAUGGUUGUGUCUCCAGGUGCAACUCUGACGAUGCAACCCGCCCCCAUGGCUCUGGAGGACGUGGUGGAGUUGCGGCAGACUCCGCCCCCUAUAUGCUCCACCCCCGGGAGCUUCCGUCUGCGCCGAGGCAGUCGCUUUACCUGGAGGAAAGAAUGUCUGUCUGUGAUGGAGAGGUGAGGAGGAGAGAGAGAGAGCGAGAGAGAGAGAGAGAAAGAAGAUUGGUGAUGGGGAAAUAGUUGAGGAGGGAAAGGGUGUAAGGGAGGCAGAUGUGAUGAGUUGUUGUUGUUGUGCUUGAUAACGGGUGUGAGUGGGGAAAGGAGCAUUCGUUACCUUUGGAAGAAAGUGAAUGUUGCCUAAUAAAUAAUGUUGUGGUUAUUUGUGUUUUCUCUUCCAGUUACUUCAAUAAGAACCAGUACCCUGAUGAAGCUAAAAGAGAGGAGAUCGCUAACGCCUGCAACGCUGUCAUCCAGAAGCCAGGUGAGAACCAGCAGGAGGAAAGCGGUACUUACAGUGCCUUCAGAAAGUAUUCACACCGCUUGACUUUUCCCCAAAAAAAAUUGUUACAAAGUAAGAUUCAAAUGGAUUUAAUUGUAAUAUUGUGUCAACGAUCUACACAAAAUACUCACAUUUAAUGUAAUUUUUUUUAUUAAUGGACAAUAAAACACUAUCUUGAUAAGUAUUCAACCCCCUGAGUCAAUACAUGUUAGAAUCACCUUUGGCAGCGAUUACAGCUGUGAAUCUUUCUGGGUAAGUCUCUAAGAGCUUUGCACACCAGGGGGCUCAUUUAUCAAUCAUGCGUAGGCACAAAUCUGUGCGUAAACCAUGCGUGGGAUCAUUUCCAUGAAAAGUGUGAGAUUUAUCAAUAUGAUUGUUUGCUCGAGAGUGUGCGUAAAUUUACGCACAGCCAAUACCAUGAGUACGCACAGUGCCAAGUGGUGGAAUAAGGGAACUGCUUGUCAAACGUAGAAUGGGGAAAACAUAUGUUGAAAAGAAUUGAGAGUAAUAAUUAAAUCAUUCUCGAUUUCAUUGUGAAUUCAUGUAACACAUCUUGACAGGCUAUAUAUAAUUUGACCACAUCAGUGCAUUUGUUACGAUAAUAAUCCAUAUAAAGUAGGUCUACAGUCAUUAAAUUCGAGGCAUGUGUGAAUAUUGUUGAAAUACUAUUAAAUACUGAGAUCUUGCUCUGUUGGAAGAUUUGACACACGCUGCAUUUCUCAGAGACAAAAGCAAACGUCAGCGGGAGAUUGAAGAUCGGCAUCUCACAGCCCUCGAUGAGCCAUUGUUUUGGAGGCAAUCAUCAGCAAAACCAACUGUAACAUACAAUUUCCUUUCACCAUCGCACAACAGGUUGACGUAGAGGGGUUUCUUUGCCAUCAAUGGGUUCCCAAAUACGAAGGGAAAAAUAGACGGCACCCACAUUGCCAUAAAAGCUCCAUCCCAAGACGAGUUCAACUAUGUGAACAGAAAAGGCUUCCACUCUUAAUGUGCAGGUGAUAGGUUAUGUGAUGUGCCAAAAACACUGCUGAAUGUAGUGGCCAGGUGGAACGCACGACUCGUUCAUUCUGCAGAACAGAAAUGUUGGCCUACAGCCUGCAGGUGGAGCUGUUGAGGAUGGAUGUCUUAUUGGUGAGUGUUGCCUACUCAUCUGAAGUAUACUGAACAAAAAUAGAAACACCAGCUGAAAUAAAAGAUCCCAGAAUUUUUCCAUAAGCACAAAAACCUUAUUUCUCUCAAAUUUUGGACACAAAUUUGUUUACAUCCCUGUGAGUGAGAAUUUCUCAUUUUCCAACAUAAUCCAUCCACCUGACAGGUGUGGCAUAUCAAGAAGCUGAUUAAACAGCAUGAUCAUUACACAGGUGCACCUUGUGCUGGCGAUAAUAAAAGGUAACUCUAAAAUGUGCAGUUUUGUCACACAAUGCCACAGAUGUCUCAAGUUUUGAGGGAGCGUGCAAUUGGCAUGCUGAUAGAGCACGGCGCUUGUAACGCCAAGGUAGUGGGUUCGAUCCCCGGGACCACCCAUACAAAAAAAAAUAAAAAAUGUAUGCACGCAUGACUGUGAGUCGCUUUGGAUAAAAGCGUCUGCUAAAUGGCAUAUUAUAUUAUAUUAUAAUGUCUACCAGAGCUGUUUCCAGAGAAUUUAAUGUUCAUUUGGCAGUACGUCCAACCGGCCUCACAACUGCAGACCACGUGUAGCCACUCCAGCCCAGGACCUCCACAUCCGGCUUCUUCAGUUGCGGGAUCGUCUGAGACCAUACACCCAGACAGCUGAUGAAACUGAGGAGUAUUUCUGUCUGUAAUAAAGGCCUUUUGUGGGGAAAAACUCAUUCUGAUUGGCUGGGCCUGGCUCCCCAGUGAGUGUGGCCUGUCUCCCCAGUGGGUCCCUCCCAGGCCCACCCAUGGCUGCGCCCCUGCCCAGUCAUGUGAAAUCCAUAGAUUAGGGCCUAAUUUAUUUAUUUCCUUAUAUGAACUGUAACUCAGUAAAAUUGUUGAAAUGUUGCGUUUAUAUUUUUGUUCAGUAUAUGUGACUUGUUUAGCACAAUUUUAGUCCUGAACUUAUUUAGGCUUGCCAUAACAAAAGGGUUGAAUACUUACUGACUCUAGACAUUUCAGCUUUACAUUUUUUAUUAAUUUAUAAACAUUUCUAAAAACAUAAUUCCACUUUGACAUUAUGAGGUAUUGUGUGUAGACACAAAAUUCAGGCUGUAACACAACAAAGUGUAAAAAGUCAAGGGGUAUGAAUACUUUCUGAAGGCACUGUAUAUUGAGUAAGGUCACUUUCAAGACUGAGUAUGUGUGAGUGCAUGUGUUUGUGUGUGCAGGGAAGAAGCUGUCUGAUCUGGAGAAGGUCACGUCUCUGAAGGUCUACAACUGGUUCGCCAACCGCCGCAAAGAGAUCAAGAGACGUGCCAACAUAGGUAACGUUUACGACCCCCUCGGGGUGUGUGUCUGUGUGUGCGUGCAUGUGAGCUCAGAUAUGUUAUGGCGAGGUCUGUUUUUUCCCGAAGAAGCAGCAAUCCUGGAGAACCAUGGGAUCAAAGUCCAGAGCCCUGGAGGACACUCCAACAGCGAUGAAAUCGACGGGAAUGACUUCCCUGACCAGGUAACCACCCGUAAGAAAGUGGAAUGGUCCAGAACCCAUGCACUUUGUGUUGUAUCUGACAGCCAAGACCAAUCUACCUUUUUAGGGGUGGAUCACCCCUGAGAAAUUGAAAUGGUCUCUCCCAGUUUGUGUUGUAUAUUGUAGCCAAGACCAUUGUGCCAUUAUAGGGGUGGUUUAACACCUUGCCUCUUUGUUUUCCUACAGGGCUGUGAGGUCCCUCUGUUUGAGAAGAGAGUUGGGACCAGACCUUUCAGUAUCAGCCGACUAGACCUGUCCUCUCCCACACAGGUACUGUAUGGACUGUAUAAUGUUAGGAGAACUCCUAUCGUAUUGGAUUACGUUAUGGGUUACAUAUUCAUACUGUACUCCAUGUUUGGUACAGAACUUUUUCUCUAUACCAAAUCUGUUAGACGGGUAGCUAACCAGCAAGUGGGGGAAAACUAAUUAUUAUAAUUUGUUUGCAUGCGUUUGACCAUGCUAACCAGUUGGCUUCCGUAACCGAACAAGGGUGCAUCUCAAUAGUCUAAAGCAGAUUCUCGAUCUGAAAACACAGGACAGUGGAAAGCAACCUGGUAGACUUUGCUUUAGCUCUCCAUGUCUUUCAGGUCAGUGUAGGUCAGGGGUCUCAAACUCAGUGCCCGCGGGCCAAAUGUGGUCUGUGAACUGAUUUAAUGCGGCCCGUGGUUUUGCUUAGUAAAUGCGCCACACAGUUGUCUGUCUCAGGGUUGAAGACCACAGAUGUGUAAACAUGACCCAUGACUCCUCCCCCUCUUGCGGUUGCAGGUGCCCACCCUGCUGCCCAGUUGGCUGGCGGCUUGGCCUGGCUCGGGCAGGGGGGGCUUGGCCGCCCAGAGGGCCAGCUCUCUGAUUUGCCGCUCCUUGCUCUCGGGAGCGGGUCUCGCUCAGGGGGCAGGGAUGGAAGGUUCCAGACUGACAGGUGUGUCCUGGUCUGUCCCCUCCCCCCCCUCCCUCCAGGACGACUCCUCCACCAAUCACAGCAAUGCCCUGGAGCACCAGGACCCCAUCGCUCUCGCUGUGGAGAUGGCGGCGGUCAAUCAUAGCAUCCUCGCCCUGGCAACGCAGGCGGGGGGAGGAUUGGCCCUGGGUGGGACAGGCAGUGACAUCAAGACAGAGGUGGUGGAGGACAAC